AUGGCGUUCCAAAAUUUUCUCUUCAAAGCCCUACUCGUCAUUGCAAGUGCAGUGACAAGUAAUGCAACAUUUCCAUGGAGAUAUAGCAUGUCCUUAAGAUCGAUUCACCGCCAAAACAAACCUUUAUCACCUAGUUACAAAAUAGAUUCGUUUAACCGCAGUUGUUUUCCGGAUGGUUUUGUGUUUGGAGCAGGAUCAUCUGCUUAUCAGAUUGAAGGUGCUGUAAAUGAAGAUGGUAGACGCCCAAGUAUAUGGGAUUCUUUCACUCGUACAUAUCCAGGGAAGAUACAGGACGGUAGUAAUGCAGAUGUUUCCAUUGAUUCUUAUCAUCGGUACAAGGAAGAUGUGGGGAUCACGAAGGGAAUUGGUCUUGAUGCUUAUCGAUUCUCAAUUUCAUGGCCCAGAAUUUUACCACAUGGGAAUCUAAGUGGAGGAGUGAACUGGAAAGGAAUAAAGUACUACAACAACCUCAUAGACGAGUUAAAAAACAAUAGUAUUGAGCCUUACGUCACUCUUUUCCAUUGGGAUGUUCCCCAAGGUUUAGAAGAAUUGUAUGGUGGUUUCUUGAGUCCUCUAAUUGUGGCUGAUUUUCGUGACUAUGCGGAUCUUUGCUUCAAGUCUUUCGGUAAUCGAGUGAAGAACUGGGUAACCUUGAAUGAGCCAGUGGCCUUUAGCGUUCUUGGGUAUGAUACUGGUGUUCAUGCUCCUGGUCGAUGCUCUUCUUGGAAGCAAAACAAUUGCACGGGAGGUGAUUCGAGCACCGAACCAUAUAUUGUGUCACACAACCAGCUUCUUGCUCAUGCUGCUGCUGUAAAAUUAUACAAAGAGAAGUAUCAGGCAGAACAAAAGGGAAAGAUAGGGAUUACCCUUCAUGCAAUCUGGCCGGUACUUUACUCUAAUUCGAGUCUCGAUCGUCAUGCUUUGGGUCGAACUUUGGAUUUUCAGCUUGGAUGGUUUAUGAGCCCAAUUGUAAAUGGUGAAUAUCCUCUCACCAUGCGAGCACUUGUCGGAGAACGACUUCCAAAUUUCUCUGCAAAUGAGUCCGAGAUGCUGAAGGGGUCAUAUGAUUUCGUUGGCAUAAACUAUUAUAUUUCUUUGUAUGUAAAAUAUGAUGACAACUACAGUGCUGUAAACUUGAGUUCCACAACGGAUGCUAGGGUCAAUCUUGUGUCUGCGAGAGAUGGGGUCCUUCUUGGCGAGCAGCUGGGCUCCAUGCAGGUUUAUCCGAGAGGGAUUUGGCAAAUUCUACUCUACAUAAAGAGAAAAUAUAAUAAUCCAGUUCUUUAUGUUAUGGAAAAUGGGUAUUUAGAGUACAGUAAUGCUUCAUUGUUUCAACAGCAAUCCCUCAAUGAUUACUUUAGGAUCAAGUACUACUAUCAACAUCUGGCAUUUACUCUAAAAGCAAUCAAGAACGGCGUCAAUCUGAAGGGAUACUUUGUGUGGGCAUUAAUGGACUCUUUUGAAUGGGAUUCGGGUUACACUAUUCGUUUUGGCAUCAAUUACAUAGAUUUUAAUGAUGGGAACUUAAAACGAUAUCCAAAACUAUCAUCCCAAUGGUUUAAGAAUUUCCUACAAAAAUAA